GUAUGAUCUUCUGACCUAGCUAGCCAACUCUGCAAGUUAAAAUUGAAAUAGGAUGUAUUGUAGCCUAGCUAGCUAGUUAUAGAAGCUAAAGUGGCCUAUUAACUAUGAAAGGUGUAAAACUGUGUUUUGGGUUGUAGGUGAGCUCCUGUCAGCUACAGUUGUCCCCUGCUCUUGGAUGCGGCGCAGAGAGAGGACCUGCGCGUCGCCAUCUUUGUCAUUCACCCAGAAGCCCAUCCCCCUGGUGGUGCAUCUUCAACGGGAAACCGUCCGACUUUCACUUCAAUUCAGUUCAGGGGGAAGCGCCGAAGCGCCUGCCACACGCAGCUAAAGAUGGCCUCACCAAGGACAAUUACUAUUGUGGCCCUUUCUUUUGCUUUGGGUUUAUUUUUCGUGUUUAUGGGGACCAUUAAACUCACUCCGAGACUAAGCAAAGAUGCAUACAGUGAAAUGAAAAGGGCAUACAAAAGCUAUGCCAAGGCAUUGCCAGGCCUGAAAAAGAUUGGUAUCAGCUCAGUCCUGCUUCGUAAGAUCAUUGGCUCUCUGGAGGUGGGCUGCGGUGUGGUGCUCACCCUUGUCCCCGGCAGGCCGAAGGAUGUGGCCAACUUCUUGCUGCUGCUCGUCAUGCUAGCUGUCCUGUUCUUCCACCAGCUAGUAGGAGACCCCCUGAAACGGUACGCCCACGCUCUAGUCUUUGGUAUUCUGCUCACCUGCCGACUGCUUAUUGCCCGCCAGAGUGACGACCGGCCGGAGAGAGAGGACAGCCGAGAGGAACAGCACAUCAAUGACCAGGAAAAGAACAAGGUCAAGCAGUCUUAAGAGCCUCUUCUACUUAGGUCCAAGCCACAACGAAGGGAACCUGGUGCGCCCCUAUGGAUUGUAGUAAUUCAUAUUUUGAAGGAAUCAGUCACUUCCAGUAAUAUCCUCACAUCCAUCUCCGGUUCCAUCCAGCUGGCUGACUGAUUACUCCUUUGCACUCUUACUGUGAAACUGAAAACUUCUGAUCCAUACACGCCCGAUACCAUUUUUUGCUUCCCGAUACCGAUUCCGAUACCUGAACUUGUGUAUCGCCCGAUACCGAGUACCG